GUGACACGUUCAUUAAAAAAAAAUCCAUUUGUGGCCAACCAUUUAUUAAAAAAAAUUGAAAAACUUAACAUAAAGUCAAAAAAAGAAAUAAUAGUCACUUGGUCGAGGGCAUCAACGAUUAUACCCACAAUGAUCGGACAUACCAUUGCGAUCCAUAAUGGUAAAGAACAUCUGCCUGUUUUUAUAACAGAUCGUAUGGUAGGCCAUAAAUUGGGUGAAUUUGUACCUACUUUAAAUUUCCGAGGACACGCAAAAAGUGAUAAUAAAUCUCGUCGUUAA